ACGGCGAUAGCUUAAAGUCGUUCCUAGGUUGAUCCGGCAGCGAAGAAGCUUUUAUGACAGUUGGUCGGUAACGUUGGUUUUACCAUACACAUCUGCCCUCUCCAAACGCCUGCCUUCGUAAACUCCGCCUACCUGAACGUUCCCUGCGCAUUGUAGUGCCGACCCCUUCACACACUGGCACAGUCUAUAUACAUGCAACCCCCUCCUCCUCCAUCAUCGUCCUGUUAUCCUGCCCACACUUUCUUCUUCUGCUGCUGCUUCUUUACUUUCUCCACGACUCUCUGCUCUCUCGCUCUCCACCAUGGCGUUCUCCUCCGCCUCCCUCACUCUCCCGUCUAUUUCUCUCCAGAGGAUUCCAUCUUUCAGUGCCUCCGACUCGCUUAAGGGCUCCAAUUCCUCAUUGUGGUUUAAGAAUGUGACUCUUCGGAGUGCUAGAGACCGGAAUCUUGAACGAUCUAGAGCUUCCAUGAGCGUGUCGGUUGGAUCCCAGGCCGUUGUCGACGAUGCCUUGUUCUGGGAUUACAAGCCCAGCUCCGGUUUCCUCUUUCCGGGACAGGGUGCCCAAGCAGUUGGUAUGGGAAAGGACGCUCAAAAUUUGCCUGCUGCGGCAGACUUGUACAAGAAAGCAAAUGACAUAUUAGGGUUUGACCUUCUGGAUAUUUGCAUUAAUGGACCAAAAGAGAAGCUAGAUUCGACUGUUAUUAGCCAGCCAGCAAUCUAUGUCACGAGUCUAGCUGCAGUAGAGUUACUUCGUGCGCGUGAUGGAGGCCAGCAGAUCAUUGAUUCUGUUGAUGUUACAUGUGGUCUUAGCUUGGGAGAAUAUACAGCUCUGGCAUUUUCUGGGGCUUUUAGCUUUGAGGAUGGACUCAAGCUGGUCAAAUUAAGGGGAGAAGCCAUGCAGGAAGCUGCCGAUGCUGCUAAAAGUGCGAUGGUCAGUGUAAUAGGACUGGAUUCAGAAAAGGUUCAACAGUUGUGUGAUGCAGCCAAUCAAGAAGUUGAUGAAGCUAAUAAAGUUCAGAUUGCAAAUUACCUAUGUCCCGGAAACUAUGCUGUAUCUGGAGGCGUUAAAGGAGUGCAGGCAGUAGAAGACAAAGCAAAGUCAUUUAAGGCUCGAAUGACGGUGCGCCUGGCUGUUGCUGGUGCUUUCCAUACCAGAUUUAUGGAACCAGCUGUCUCAAGAUUGGAAGCUGCAUUAGCAGCUACGGAGAUCAGAACUCCAAAAAUACCAGUUAUCUCUAAUGUCGAUGCACAGCCACAUGCAGAUCCAGACACAAUCAAGAAGAUAUUGGCACGUCAGGUAACUUCCCCUGUUCAAUGGGAAACAACAGUGAAGACUCUCAUAACCAAGGGCCUGAAGAAGAGUUAUGAAUUGGGACCUGGAAAGGUUAUAGCUGGCAUUGUGAAGAGAAUCGACAAAGGUGCAGACAUUGAGAAUAUUGGUGCUUGAGAGGAGGCCAUUGGAGGUAGCUCCUUUUGGGGCACUGGCAUCUCCUUUGCCACAUGAUCGUAUCCAUGGCAUCUUGGAGUUUGAGCAGGGGUUCCUUAUGCAAGACAAACCUAGAGAAAUACACUUGGGUCGAUUUUUUCUGGGUAGUACAAACCGAUAUGAGAUUUUUCUUUGCCCCGGGACAAUGGACCGGUUUGAGAGUUAGAUUUGUUAACAUGUUGUCAGUUUUUAAUACUUGGAACAUAGUUGGGUGCUGUAUUGGAGGUUAUUUAUCGAUUAUGGCAGUGCAUGGGCAGUUAAUGGUGGCCAUAUUUAUUGUAUGAGAAGGGAAGUGAUUAAGCAGUUAAACCCCACUGUGGAUGGUGACAUUUAUUUCCAUAAA